GGGGCGCGAUGGAGGCCCGGCCUGUCCCAGACUUCUCCAAGCUCCAGGAGCUGCUGGCGCCGCCGUGUCUGGACCCUAAGGCGUCCCGGGCGCCCCCUCUUCAGCAGGCACCAAGGACCCCAGGAUGCCCCAGACCCAAUGGCAGGUCCUUCUGGCCCGCACGCCAGGACUCGGUCACUGCCCUGCGUUUUCUCCAAGAAACAGCAGAGGGGCUGGUCCAGCGCCCUGCCCAGGACACCGAAACCCUGGGGGCCUGCCGGGAGCUGAAGGCCUCGGAGUCUCUGGGACCUUCGCCUCUGGCAAAGGAUGCCGAGAACAUGCUGACCCCAAUCAGCCAGCAAUGCUGCAGCUCGAGGCCCCCGGAGGCUCCCCCAGCCCCCUCAGCCCUACCCCAGAGGAGGCCCCGGAAGCAGUCAAAGCCCCACCGGGGUGCUGAGAGAGUGGAUCCCCGGUUUGAGGGGGUGACCCUGAAGUUUCAAAUAAAGCCGGAUUCCAGCCUACAGAUCCUAGCCAGCUACAGCCUGACCUGCACUAGCCGCUCCCAGGGUCCCUCCACAGGCCCUGCGGGGGGCCCUGAGGCCAACUCAGGAGGCGGCGGCGAGGCCCUGGGUGAGUCCCGGAGACUUGACAGCUAUAAAUAUUUGUGGGGGGGAGGCAAUUUCCCAUCGUCUCUGUCUUUCUUCCCGUCCUUCACCCCCACCCCCGGUUUCCUCCUCUGUUUAGCUUUGCCAUCUGUCUCCCUUCCUGGCUUUCCCUCUGCCUUAGAUCUGGUAAUACCCAGGGCUGGCCCGGAGCCGGCUGGGGCCCUCGUCGAGACUCCAACAACAUGCCCCACCUGCACGGGCUUCCUGAGCCCAGGCUCUUGGCCUCUGCCCCUUACCCUGACCUCUGCCCCUUCAGGCCCCCGCUGCUGUGCUUCCUGUAGGACCCAGAGGACCCCACUCUGGAGAGAUGCUGAAGACGGGACCCCUCUCUGCAAUGCGUGCGGUAUCAGGUACAAAAAAUAUGGCACCCGCUGCUCCAGCUGCUGGCUGGUGCCCAGGAAGAGCGUCCAGCCCAAGAAGUUAUGUGGCAGAUGUGGGGUGUCCCUGGGCCCCCACCAAGGCCCGGCUCAGGAAGGGGAUCCCAGGUGGAAGACCCAGGCCUCCGGCUCCAGAGCCCCUGUCUCAGGGGGCCACUGUGCCCCAUCUUGGCCCCUGGUCCAAUCCGGCUUGGCUGAGCCUCUCCUCAGAAAAUGUCCUCAGCAGUGACACUCAUAUUGUUGACAGCAGUAACAAUAAAGAACAAAACUACUCUGAGAAAAGCA